AUGAGCAUCACAGAACAACCAAGCGCUAAGCAUCAAAAACUGAACAACUCUCUGAAGAUCCUACUUCGGUCUAAAGAUGCUACAAUCCCAACCAAGGGAUCCGUAAGCGCGGCGGGAUAUGACAUUUACGCAUCCAAAAAGACCGUGAUUCCAGCGAGAGGGCAAAACAUGGUUCCUACGGAUGUGUCGUUCACCGUUCCUGUGGGCACAUACGGCAGAAUAGCUCCCAGAUCGGGGUUGGCCGUGAAGCACGGCAUUAACACCGGAGCCGGCGUUGUUGACAGAGAUUAUACCGGCGAAGUCAAAGUCGUGCUUUUCAAUCACUCUGAAAAGGACUUUUCAGUGGAAAAGGGGGACCGUGUGGCCCAAUUCAUUCUGGAAAAGAUCGUUGACGAUGCAGAAAUCGUCGUGGUGGAAUCACUCGAAGAGAGCGCUAGAGGUGCCGGUGGUUUCGGAAGUACCGGAAACUAG